GUAAAAAGAACGGUUCGAACGGUGGCUGUGUGAGCGUCAAGUCUGCUGCUUCCGUCGUCCGAGUGGAACUGCUCUUGCCUCGCAGGGUCUUGGCCUAGAAUUGCAUAGCUGUUUUUUUUCUCUUUUAUCGCUUCUCAUCAGUUUUGCUAGUCCUAUUAUUAUUUAGCUAAUAAGACCACGCAGAUGUCCUUUUCUUCACCAGGGCCAGGGGCCUCCCCCUGGUCCGCUUCUAUUCCUCCGCAGGAGUUACCUGUGGAUCUGUUUCUACGCAACGGCAUCUCAUCAGUUCCUGUGGCUCUUGUCCCAACCAAUAACGGAGUCAUACGGAUGAAGAAUCCGAAAGCGAUUCAGGCGGAAUUGCGCUCGGCGACGGCCCAUUUCCAGACCAUCUCUGAGGUCCGCCAGUUUGGCAGAGGGGGAGUCCUCUGCUUUUCGGCAGACCAGUCCUGUGUACAAGACCUGUUAAAGUGUUCGCUGUUUGCCGCCAAUCCGGUGAGCGCAUUUAUUCCCCCCCACUUGGCAUGUGUGAAAGGGCUUGUCCGCGGCGUCGACGUGAACAUGACACCGACAGAGGUAUUAGAGAUGCUUUCACCCGCGGGUGUAAUUUCAGUUUAUCGGUGUGGACGUGUGGUCGAGAAAAACAGGAUCCCUACUGAGUCGAUCAUAGCCACAUUUGCAGGGACACUUCGACCCUCAGAGAUAAAGGCAUGGCCUCUAAUCUACAGAGUGGAACCUCUGUCCCCUCGUCCCCUCCAAUGUGUGAAAUGCUGGCGCUACGGACACACGUUAAAAGGAUGUAGAUCUGCUUCCAGAUGCCGAAUUUGUGGUGAAGAACACAAUGCAAGCGAAUGCAAAAGCAAGGAAGAAAGGUGCUGCCUUUGCCAUGACGCGCACCCUGCAGAUUAUUCUACUUGCUCAGCAAAGGCACGGGAGAUUGAGAUUCUGGAAAUCAUUGAACGAAGACGUUGUUCGCGUAGAGAAGCGGUAGCGGAAAUUCAUUCUAGGACACAGGGAUACGCCGGCGUCACAGCACGCCAGGUGACAGCAACGGAUGCGGCUCUUUCAUUUUCUAUUGCUAAUGCCAUCGAAAGGGCAAUGGAAAAAUCUAUGGAGCGCCUAGCUGGAAACCUUUGUGAGUCCCUGACACAAAUUCUCACUAGCCAGAUGGCGCAGAUAUUCGCAGCAACAACAGCAGUUGGUAUAACUUCGCGAACUACUGAGUGUCUACCUACUUCAAACGAGGAAGUAACCGCCAAUUACACGUCGCAAAAUGCCCAAAUUGUAAUCCCACCAGUCGAUGUUAACCAGACCCAAUGUACAGGCUCCAACGAUAAUACAGAGGGCGCAGAGGAAAUGGACAUGGAUCCUCGGUCGUUAAAACGAUGUAGGUCCCCUUUGUCUAAAAAGGCUACGACUCUAACUCAGGCAAAGACAAAAAAGUAUCAGAAAGACAGCCUUACCAAGGAAGAUUUUUUAAAGGAAAACAUUUUAGAUAAGGCAGUUACUGAGUCCAUACUUACGCAACCAUAGGUCUCCUCAAAAUUAUUCAUUGGAAUUGCCGAUCAAUUUACUCAGCAGCAACAGAUUUAUUGUAUCUAUCAUCGAAAUUCUCCCCGGAUAUCAUUGCUUUGCAGGAAACAUGGCUUUCAGUACAUCAAAGUUUUCAGUUGACGAACUAUCGAUCUUUCCGACUGGACCGUCCAUCGAAGGGCGGAGGUUUAGCUUUCUUUAUCAAUAACAGAAUUAGCCUUAAAGCAAAGAUUUCAUAUAAACAUAUGUCCCCCGAAAGUGAAAUUCUCGCAUUAGAUAUAACUAUACCAGGGUGUCUACCUUUCUCCUUAGUAAACGCAUACUUUCCUGCGGGUGUACAGAACACUCGAUGUUUGAAUUCAGCAGUGAUUUCAUGGUGUAAGGAUAAAAUUCUGGUUGGAGAUUUCAACUCCCAUCACACGUGCUGGGGCUUUCGAACUGAUCAAUGUGGCAAACGCUUGUGGGAUUGGACAAUAGAUAAUAAUCUGUGUUGUCUGAACUCUAGAAUUCCUACAUAUAUUUGUAAACAGUCCCGCUCAGCAUUGGAUUUAAGUUUUGUAAGUUCGUCCUUCACUAACUCAUCCUGGACAGCCUUGGACUGUGCAACCAACAGUGACCACUUUCCAAUAAUGGUUGAAAUCGCUUGCCCGAUUAUGCCAGCGUGCUCCCAGGUACGCGUAUUUGUAGAUUAUGUUAAAUUUAAAUCCGAUCUUAGGGCACAUUUGGCUUCUCAUUCUGAAGAGCAGGAAGACACCAAGGCUAUGAAACUUUGUGCGGUAAUUAAAAGAACAUACAAAAAGGCUGAAUUCAGUGUUACAUCUGCAAAGCAAACAUCUUACAACCCUUGGUGGAAUACAGACUGCACGCGAGACCACCGACGCCGACAGGCGGCUUGGAAGCAGCUCCUCUACAACCAGUGCCCCAAAAAUUGGUUUGAUUACAAGUUUCAAGCUGCAGUCUUUAAACGUACAGUUGCUAAAGCUAAAGAGGAUUAUGAUAGGAAACACUAUGAUUUCCUUUCUAAAUCUAAAAACAAAAAAUCGUUGUUUAGAUAUAUGAGAUAUCGAAAAAUUCUGCCAUCGCCAGCUAAUAUUGAUUAUGUCAAUCUGUCUCCCGAUGAAAUGAGAAAAUCUCUUGAACUCCUGGCUAAAGGCUUGGAGAGUAGAUUCACGUCAUCGAUGUCGUACAAUUUGCAAAAAGUAGCCCCAUCCUUAGUGUAUACUGAAGUUACAUUGCCUGAAUUAUCCCAAGUGAUUCGAAACUUACCUUUGUCAGCCCCUGGUCCUGAUGGAAUUACCGUGCACAUGAUAAAAAUUUUAUUUGAUCUAUCUCCUGGAGACCUUCUAAACGUUAUAAACUAUUCCUUACACAAAGCCUGGAUACCUAACGAUUGGAAAGUAGCUAAAGUAAUCCCGAUACCUAAAACACAAGGACUAGGGUAUAACAUAGAAAACAUCAGACCCAUUUCUCUUACUUCUAAUAUGGUCAAAGUCAUAGAGAGGGUAUUACACUGCCGAAUUACUAUCUGGAUGACGGAUAAUUUAAUAUUAAGUCCAAAUCAAAUAGGCUUUAGAGCUAAUUGCUCAAUAUGGUGUGCCCAUGCUGAUUUAGAGAGCCGCAUCCAACUUGCCCGGAAAAGGAGAGAAUAUUCUGCUUUGAUGAAAUUAGAUAUAGCUAAAGCUUAUGACAGCGUCGAACAUUCAAUUCUACUUGAUAUUCUGCAGCGUCGUAAUUUCCCCAAUUAUAUAACCGCGUGGGUGGCAGAAUUUUUGCGAUCAAGAGAAUUUUAUUGCUUCAAGGACGGAUGCUCUUCGUCUAAAUUCAGACAAACCCGCGGAGUUCCCCAAGGAUCUGUCCUAUCCCCACUAUUAUUUAAUAUAUUAAUGAGCUCUAUCCCCACUUGUCAGGACGUGCACGUUUACGUGUAUGCCGAUGACAUUGCAUUUUUUGCUGCCGACACAGACAUUAACACAUUAUACCAAAAAUUACAGAGAUACAUGAGCAUGCUAGAAGUAUGGCUUCAGACAAUUUGUAUGUCAUUAAACGUAAGCAAAAGCGCCAUUUUAGUGUUCUCGGUCAUAGAUCCGGUUUCAAUUUCUAUAACUUAUAAGCAAAAACCCAUUCCACAGGUUGAGUCUCUAAAAUAUUUGGGAAUCACAUAUAAUGGAAAACUCAACUGGAGUCCACACAUAGAGAGUGUAGCAGGUAAGGCACAACGUGCUUUAGGUAUUCUGCGCAGAAUGAGUAACCGGAAAUAUGGACUACGUAGGGAUACAUUGUUGAUGAUUUAUAAAAUGUAUGUGCGCCCCAUAUUGGAAUUUGGGUGUGUCUUGUUCUCAGGCGGCCCAGCUUAUAAAAUAAAGCCUCUGGUUCUUUUGGAGCGUGAGGCCCUACGCCUGUGUCUGGGACUCCCCAGGUUUGUGGCUAUUAAUGUUAUCUACCAAGAAGCGCGCCUUCCAACAUUGCCCUGCAGAUUCCGCAUCUUAACAGUUCAAGCAUUCCUGAAAUUUUACAGCUUGCCGCUUAGACGAUCUGAAUACGCAUUCAUUAAUGACCCAAAUUCCUUCUUCCUUGCUCAUUGGCCUCGAUUUCACACUCCACAGAUCAUAUUUGUUCAAAAACAAUUAGAUAGCCUGAAUGUGAACAUUCGAGAGGUAAUUCCGUCAACCGAAUCACAUCAGAAUAUUAAGAUAGAUUUUGAUGACAUUUUCCCCCCAAACUCUAAGUUUCAAUCAGCCACUUUUUUAAAUAACCUGUUGCAAGAUUACCUAGCACACGUGCAAACAAAUAACAUAUUAGCUACGGACGCUUCAGUGAACAACGAAAAGGCGGGCGUAGGCAUCUUCUCGCUUCCGCUUGGCUGGUCAUUCUCCCUGAGACUGCCAGACUUCACACCUGUUUUUGAAGCCGAGCUUUUAGCAAUUCUAUUAGCGCUUCGGAAACUACCGUCGAACUCAAUAAGUGCGGUUAUAAUAACAGAUUCCCUUUCGGUCUGUACUUCGCUUACGGCUUCACCCAAUUCGCCACCAAUAAAGACGUUUCUAACAUUAGUUCCUCCGCAGUUGAAUUCUCUAAAACUAUUAUGGGUACCUGGACAUUGUGGCUUACAUUUAAAUGAAAUGGCAGAUGCAUUAGCGCGAGCAUCCCUGAGUGGACCAAUAAUGCAGGUUCUUCCUUUGGUGGCCCACAUAACAGCAAUCAGAUAUAGAAAAUAUUCAAUUCAUAGAGAUGUCAGUGAAUCAAUAACAACAUGGACAGAAUAUCAGCACCUCAAAUUUCCGUGGAAAAUCCAGUGGUGUCCAUCAAGACAAUCAGAAGUAGCGGUCACGAGAUUACGCUGCCGUGUCCCUCCAUUAAACCUAUAUUUACACAGGACUGGUCUGACGCUAUCACCUCUGUGUCCAUACUGUCAAGAAACAGAAUCACUAGAUCAUUAUUUUUUGGCAUGUCGACGAUACAAAUUGUUAAGAAAAAGACAUCUAGAACUUCCGUUCGCAAAAUUAGGGUUAAUGUUAUCACCAGAAACCAUACUAUCUUUCGGUGCGUCAGUUAUAGGGGUCAGCCACAGGGACAUAUUUGAUGCCGUUUGCAGUUACAUAACGUCAACAAAACGAAUAAAUUUUUAACUUUUGUCUUGUAUUUUAUUGGUUUUUGUAUGUUUUCUUAUCUCUCUUUCGUUAUAUAUAUAUAUUUUUUUAUCAUCGAAUAAGUGGCACUUCAAAAAAAUAGGUGAACGUUUCAGCACGCAAUUCUUGGCCAAUCCCCCAGUGUGGGUAUGAGCCAUAAUAUGAGGCUAUCAUCAUCAUCAUCAACAAGAAGCAAGCAGCUACAGCUCGCCCAUCGGCAACCCGAGUGAAGAAGAGAGACAUGGAGGACACGUGGAUCCUUGAGAUUCUUCUCAUCGUCAUCAGGACUUACGCCGAACGCGUGGCCCUUCGACAAGCAUAUCGGCUUUUGCGGGGCCUGGGCUUCGAGCCCUAUGGAAUCCGACCUGGAUCCGCAGCAGCUCGGUUCCACCGGCGCUGGCCGGAACGAGUCGUUCGGGGCAGCAUCUUCGCGACGAUGACGCGAUGGGGCCGAACCGGCAUACCAUACUGGACGAAAAUGGCAAUAAUUGUCAUGGCCUCGGAAAUGGCUGAGAUGUUAUUCAAGAUUGCCGUGAUCAACCUGGAUGCCGCUGUUGACCGCUGACCAUGUUCGAUAACAUUACACAAUCAGUAUGUUUUCUUUCAAACCUAAUAACUUAUAGUCGUUUCGUAUCUGUAAUAAAGCUGUAAAUUGGAAGAACAUUA